AUGGGGAUCGAGGCCGUGAUGAGCGCGCGCACGGGGCGCGCCCUGUCUGACCAGUGGGCGGACGGCGUGGCGGUGCGUCCGCGCACCACUGAGCGCCACAUCACGGUGCACAAGCGGCUCGUGCUGGGCUUCGCCGUCUCCAUCCUCGCGCUCAUUGCCGUCACGGCCGUGGCUGUGGCGCUGAGCGUGAAGUUCGAGCGCUGCGUGGGAGACCAAAACGGAGAGGGACACGGAGACGCGAACGCGCGAGCCACGCCGGGCACGAGCAGCGCCACCGGCACGAGGACCCACGACGCGCGGACGAGAGGGGACGAGGACGUCGACGAUGACGACGCGCGCUUCCCGUGGCGACGCGCGCGCCUCCCUACGGCGCUGCGCCCGCGCCACUACGAGCUCGCGCUCUCCGUACACAUGGACAACUUCACGUUCGCCGGGCGCGUGAGCGUCGACGUGGAGUGCGUGAACGCCACACGCUACGUGGUGCUGCACGCGGACGGGCUCGACGUACACACCGUGGCCCUCGUGCACGCGGACGGCCGCAGGGCCGGCGCCGGCGCGGUGCGCGUUCACAGGCACUUCGCGUACGCGCCCGCGCAGCUCUACGUCAUCGCGCUGCACCGCGAUCUCAAGCCGCUGCGCACCUACAGACUGAACAUCAGCUUCCAGGCGCGCCGAGAGAACGAGCUGCUGGGCUUCUUCCGCAGCUCAUACCUGUUGCACGGAGAGAGGAGGUUUCUUGCUGUGACCCAGUUUUCUCCCACUCAUGCACGGAAGGCUUUUCCAUGUUUUGAUGAGCCCAUCUAUAAAGCCACCUUUAAAGUGAGCCUGAGGCACGAGGCCUCAUACCAGUCUCUGUCUAACAUGCCAGUCGAGGCUUCCACUGUGGAUGAGGAUGGCUGGGUGACCAAUCACUUCUCCAGGACGCCUCGCAUGUCCACUUACUACCUGGCUUGGGCAGUGUGUAAUUUCACUUACCGAGAGGCAGUCACAGACAGCGGAGUCGUGAUCCGGCUCUACGCCAGGCCCGACGCCAUUCAGAGUGGAUCUGGAGACUACGCCCUGCACAUCACCAAGAGACUCCUGCACUUCUACCAGGAUUACUUCAAAGUCAAGUACUCCCUGCCCAAAUUAGAUCUCCUAGCUGUGCCGAAACACCCAUACGCAGCGAUGGAGAACUGGGGUCUGAGUGUGUUUGUGGAGCAGAAGAUCUUGCUGGAUCCUGAAGUUUCAUCUUUUUCCUACCAGAUGGAGCUCACCAUGGUGGUGGUGCACGAGAUAUGCCACCAGUGGUUUGGAGACCUUGUAACACCUGUUUGGUGGGAAGACGUGUGGCUGAAAGAGGGAUUUGCUCAUUUCUUCGAAUACGUUGGCACUGACUUCCUCUUUCCAAAGUGGAACAUGGAGAAGCAAAGGUUCCUGACUGAUGUUCUUCACGAAGUGAUGCUGCUGGAUGGUCUGGCCAGUUCCCAUCCAAUCUCGCAGGAGGUGUUCGAAGCCACAGAUAUCGAUCGGGUCUUCGACUGGAUCGCCUACAAAAAGGGAGCAGCUCUGAUUCGUAUGUUAGCCAACGUCAUGGGACAAGCUGUAUUCCAAAGAGGGCUCAAUGAUUACUUAAUGACACACAUGUAUGGGAAUGCAGCAAGGGAUGACUUGUGGAACAAGUUUUCUGAGGCCAUGCAGAGGGAAGGCAAGGACAUCAACAUAAAAGAGGUGAUGGACCGCUGGACACUACAGAUGGGCUACCCUGUGGUCACCAUCAGCAAGAAUGACAGUUUGGACAACACGGUGGCCAUUACCCAGGAGCACUUUGUCUAUGACAUCGAUGCCAAGCUCCGCGACCCUGACCUUUUCAACAAAAGCUUCCAGUGGCAGAUCCCGCUGACACUUUCAGUGGGAAACUCCAGUCACAUAUCGUCUGAAACUAUCAUCUGGGUCUCUAAUAAAACAGAGACGCACCGAGUGGGCCGUAUAGAUGAGGAGACGUGGUUGCUGGGCAACAUCAAUCAGACGGGCUACUUCAGGGUGAACUAUGACCUCCACAACUGGAGACUCCUCAUCCAGCAGCUUAUGAUCAACCCCACGAUCAUCUCCGUGGGCAAUCGGGCUGGCCUGAUUGACGAUGUCUUCAACCUGGCCAGGGCUGGUUAUCUCCCCCAGAACGUGCCGCUGCAGAUCAUCUCUUACCUGUCUGAGGAGAACGAGUUUCUUCCCUGGCACGCUGCCAGUCGAGCCCUCUACCAGCUGGACAAGCUGCUGGACCGCACCGAAGACUACAGCCUGUUUAGUGACUAUGUGCUAAAACAAGUGGCACCGAAGUAUCACAAGCUGGGCUGGCCAAGCACCUCUGCGGAUGGGUCAUUCCUGCAGGCCGCUUAUCAAACAGAAGAGCUGCAAAGGGAGGUGAUCAUGCUGGCAUGUAGUUUUGGGAAUAAACACUGCCAUCGCCAGGCUGUGUCCCUCAUCUCUGAGUGGAUAUCCAGCAACAAGAACAGGAUCCCUCCCAACGUACGAGACAUUGUAUACUGCACGGGCGUGUCCCUGAUGGACGAGGACGUGUGGGAGUUUAUCUGGAUGAAGUUCCACUCUUCUACAGCCAUCUCAGAGAAGAAGGUCCUCCUGGAGGCUCUGACCUGCAGUGACAAUAGUUUCCUCCUCAACAGACUGCUCAACCUCUCUCUAAGCUCGGACCUGGUGCCGGAUCAGGACGUGAUUGACGUGAUUAUCCACGUCGGCCGCAAUCCGCACGGACGCCAUUUAGCAUGGAGGUACUUCAGGGAAAAAUGGGACAUGCUAAACUCCAGGUAUGGAGAGGCCUUAUUUAUGAACUCUAAAUUAAUCAGCGGAGUGACGGAGUUUCUCAACACUGAGAGUGAGCUCACUGAGCUGAAGGAUUUCAUCGAGACAAGUGGCGGAGGGGCAGCAUCUGCUUUCGCUCGAGCCAUGGAGAUCGUCCAAGCCAACGUGAAGUGGCACAACCUCUACAAACAGCAGUUCUAUCAGUGGCUGAGGAAAUCGCCCAAUGGCUAACGAAGCACCUCAUGCAUUAUCUGUUAGCAUGGAAUCUCUAUCAAACAUUUAUAGGCCAAUAACAAUGGGAGGAGAUAAGAGGAAUUUAAAAAAACAACUUUUUGGACCCUGAUAGUCUGUAAAAUCAAGCCUUUCGUUUCCCCCUGGAAGAAGCAAGGACCAAGCCAUGGCGGAAGCAGGCAAGGAUAGACGCGGGACGGGUCGAAAAAUGUCUUAGCGCGAGUGUUAUUGAGUGUUGCAUGGUGGUGUACAUCUCUAGUGACAUUUCUACUUUCUUUUCAGAAUAGCCCCUCCCUCCCCUAUCGUUUCAUGCAUGAAAGUCAUUUCCUCCAGUCGUCCUGAAAGCUCGCCCUUCUCUGAGUCCUUCGGAAGCUCAGGUUAAGAUCUACUAUAUUUUCCGAAAAAGAAAAAACUCAACUUAACUCAACAGUAUGUUAAUCACAACCUUAGAUAAAGCACAAAGUCAUCCAACAUGACAAUCAGUGUUGUGAUUGGACCAGUCAGUAUGGAAGGACAAUGGAAAGUAUAAAAAGGAUGUUUAUUUGCUUUCUUCAAGCCAUAGAAAGAGAAAAGAAGAAGAGCGGAUUCGGCAUUGGCAUUGUGUGGUUACUGGAGUUAUUUGUGAGCUGCAUACCAAUUGGUUAUAUGUGUCUUGGUCUCGGGUCAGUUUAUUGCAUUCUCUAUUAGUCCUGCUGAUCCGAGGCCUGUCCUUGGAUAUCCAGUGUAAAUGUUGAGUGGAAAAUAAUCAAUGUGUCAUUGUGUAAUGGUCAACACGAUGGAAAACGUAGAGUGCUGGCCAGACAGUAAGAUGGCGCGAGAGAUGCGUCUGGUCUUCAUGGACAAGGUAACCCUGUUGCUGUACCACAGUUGCCAUGGAGACGGGCCAGGGGAGACGCCGGCUGUUUUGUUUUCCUUGGAAAUAAAGAAUAUGGACAAGUAGAAACAAAAAGUGUGCAACAUUCCUGAGUAAAAAUAAAUAAAUAAAUAUAUAAAUAAUCUCUUCCUGGCUCUGAAAACACCAACCCUCAUUCCUGCAGCAGGUUAAUAAACCCUUCAAUCUCAUCACAGGCAAUCUCGCUGAAACAAAAAUAGAACCGACAAACUUUUUAUUUUCCUUUUCUUUUCUGGAGUGGAAUCAAAUACCCGAACAAGUAAUCUAGUCUGCAGGACAUGCUAUCAAAAAACUUCCUCUCUACCCUGUGUGUUUUAUCAUGCUGUUCCAGCUUUUUGCUCCCAUAUUGUGUUUUGACGUAAGCGCUUUCUUUUCUAAAUGAGAGAAAAUAUCCUCUGUGUUUUGAGGAGAGCAGUGUAGAGAUUUUACUGCUGACAAUAAAUUCUUUUGUAUGGUAAUGCACCCAUGUCUAA